AAUUGAUUCUCCAGCCGCUAAUAGGCAUCCAAGAUUUUUUCCCCCCUUCGUUGUCUUGCCCUGUGGUUGUUGCUGGGUUUUCUUGGCGAGCGACAGAGCCACAGAAAUGGAGGUCAAUAAGGGCGCCUAAUUUUAGCGGCGGGGAGGGGAGCGAAGCCUGGGCAGCCACUCGCCGGCCUCCAAGAAACCGUCACGAUCUGUUCAUCUGAUUGCCGCCGACUUUGGUUUCAUUAUUUUCUGUUUUCGCGGGGAACCAAUUCGAUUUAGUUUCCGGAGAAGGAAGAGUAGGAUGCAGUGGGCGGGUCUAAGGUCGCAGGCGCCGGUUCCCACGGCGGCGUGGACGGGGCCGAGGCCAAGAAUCGCGAGGUGGCCGCAGGGUAGAUUCACUGCAGCGCGCCGGGCGCUGGUGGCGUCAGCAGCGGCCUCGGACGCUAAUUCGAGCUCGAAUUCGCCGGGGAGGGACGAGGAGAGGGAGGAGGUGGUGCAGAGGGAGAAGAAGGAGAAGGCGGUCGCGUCGCUGCUGAUGAGGAGCCAGAAGUACGCCAUGCUAAAGCAGCAGCUCGCCGUGGCCGCCCAAUUUGAGGAUUACAAGGAAGCAGCGAGGCUGAGGGACUCGCUGAGGUCGUUCGAGGAGGAGGAGCCCGUGCUGCGCCUCCGCAGGUUGAUGAAGAAGGCCAUUGACGAGGAGAGGUUUGAGGAUGCUGCUAAAUACAGAGAUGAAUUAAUGAUUUUGGCUCCACACUCCCUCCUCAAAUGUUCCAGCGAUGCAACUACUUUGGGCAUAAGAGUUCAAGUCAGGAGCGUCUAUAUUGAAAGCCGGAGCCAGCCAUUGAAAGGCCAAUUCUUUUUUGCUUAUAGAAUUAGAAUCACAAAUAAUUCUCAGCGCCCUGUUCAGCUUCUCAGAAGACACUGGAUUGUUACAGAUGGAAAUGGAAGGACGGAAAAUAUUUGGGGAGUUGGAGUAGUGGGAGAACAACCUGUCAUUUUCCCGAAGACUGGUUUUGAGUACUCUUCUGCAUGCCCAUUGAGCACUCCAAAUGGGAGAAUGGAAGGUGACUUUGAGAUGAAGCACAUCGACAAGGCUGGAUCAUCAACAUUCAAUGUCGCAAUCGCGCCAUUCUCUCUGUCAAUUCUUGGGGACGACAAUGAUGUUCUGCUCUAAACCACACUGAGAUUUAAACUAGACACGCAAACACAAAUAGUUACUGUUAGCGAUGUAGUUUUGAGUGUGCAAGGUACAGGUGAAACUACUAGGGUUGACCGAUGGCUGGAGCCAAGUGCCCUGGUGCAAGGUCAGGCACAGUUUGCUGGAAUGUAGAAUCUGGACCAUGCGAGUGUCAAUUAUAGAGGCACAAUAGGAUAUCCUAUCAAUUGUACAGCGUGGAACUAUAGAGCUUGCUAUCAUGUAAUUCCUCUGUUCCAAAUUACAAGGUAUUUUGUUUUUUUCUAGAUAGUA